AGUGGCGCCUCCAUUUCCCUCUCUCUCCCUUACCGGCGAAGCCCUCAACCGCCGCGCCUUCCUCAGUUGUCGAAUAUGGGGCACGGAGGCUACGGGAAGCGCAAAGGCGCCGCCACCAUCAAGAGGAAGAAGCCCGCCGGCCAGCGCCGCCCCAAGGCCCUAGCAAUCGACAAGAAGUCCAAGGCCGGCAAGCCAAAAUCCGUCACUUUCAAGAACCAAAUCCGCUCCAUUGAACGCAUGCUUCGCAAAGAUCUGCCUCUUGAGAUAAAGGAAGCUCAAGAGAAUAAGUUGGAGGAGCUCAAGAGACAACAGGAUAUUCAAAAUCGUCUGGCUCUGGAGCGUAAAAUAUUUUUGCGAUAUAGAAGGAUCAAAUUUUUUGAGAGAAGAAAGAUCGAAAGAAGGAUAAGGCGGCUGGAGAAACAGCAGCGUGCUUCAACUGGGCAGGCUCAGGAAGCAGAUAUAACUGAACAACUAUCUAAACUGAAGGAAGAUCUUGAAUAUGUCAAGUUCUUUCCAAAAACCGAGAAAUACGUCUCAUUAUAUGUUGGAGGUCACGAGGCAGAAAUCAUGGAAAAAAGAAAUACUUUGCGCAAGCAAAUUAAAGAUAAUCUGAUUGCAGCUGCUGCAAGUGGAAAGGAGUUGGAAGAAACAGGGAGUGAGGAUGAUGGUGCCUUGGAUCCCAGUGAUGAUGAUUUCUUUCUAAAUGGGAGCUCUAGUGAAGAGGGUGAAGCAGAUGAUGAAUGGAGUGCAAGGGAUCAAGCCUCUGGCAAGGCAGCCUCCGGAAUAUCCAGUGACGAAAGAAAUCAGAAGCUGAUCUCUGCUCGUGCUCUAAUGCCACCUCCUGGUCCAUCCAGGAAGCCAGUUGCAAGUUCAACUAAGAACGAACCAAAAUUUGCAGGAUACAAUAAGAAGCCAUACAACAGAGCUGUGAUAUCCACAUCUAGCAACACUUCUAGUAUCAACGGUAGACCUACCUAUGAUAAGAAGCCGUACAGCAAAGCUGAUGGUAAGAAGCCAUACAGAAGAGCUGAAAUAUCCACAUCUAGCAACACCUCUAGCAGCAGCUUCGGGAGACCUCCCCCACAGAAGAGAGGCCCCGUGGACUCUACCACUGGUACCUUGAGCUCCAACUCUGAUGCUAGAAAACCACAAAGAAAGAGGAGGCCUAAGAAGAAAAAGCAAUAGACAAAAUAGUCAUGAAGCAUGUUUGUGUUAAUCUUCUUACUACAAUCUGAGGUGAUUUUGAAUUUGAUUCUUGAUUAAGGAUCGACUCAACACUGGCUGAAGAAUGUUGUCUUGAAAAAUGUUGUCCUUUCUAGUUGUAGGUUAAUUGUCCUACUGUUAAGAUAUGUAAUUUAAUCUUCAAACUUCUCAUCUGUAAUAUCUAAACCAGUUUUGCUAUCAAUUUAUCAAAUUUAGUUAUUUUUUGUGA